UCCGGCCUAAAGAGAGAACCAAUUCGAGCGCGUAACCACAUCAAGCCGAAAAGAAGAAAGAAAAGAUGAUGAGGGACAAUACAGCCCUGCCCAUCAGAAAAUCUCCAACCCUAAAGAAGCAGCACUCCAUGCAACUUCCAUUAUCACUCCCUCCUACAACACAAUUCGUCCCUAACAAGCCCCUCCCCGUGAUCGAAUUCCCAACCUCUCCCGAGAGAAUAGUGGGAGCGGAAAUUCUUCACUUUAGCCACCCCCAUCACCAUCUGUUCCACAUGAAUCUCCCUGAGCUCUUCACUUGCUCGGGCUGCCAAGAACUUGGCGCGGGCAAGCGAUACGCGUGCCAGCACUGCAACUAUCAGCUCCAUGAGUUCUGCGCUCUGGCCCCUCAGGCUCUCAGGAGCCAUCCACUGCACUACCAACACGAGCUCGUCUUUUAUUCUAAACCAGGAAAAGCGAAGUCGAAGUGCGACGUCUGCGGGAAAUCCAUCAAGGGCUUUUCAUUCCGGUGCAACCCGUGCAACUUUCAGAUCCACCCUUGCUGUGCCAUGUUGCCCCUCGAAAUCGUCUUCGCACCGCACCCACAUACCCUCAAAUUUCUAAUGGCGUCCCCGAACGGCGGUGAGACCAGCUUUCAAUGCGGCGAGUGCAAGAGGAAGCGGACGGGGCGGAUAUACCGUUGCGCGGUCUGUGACUACCAUCUCCAUGCAAUAUGCGCCAAGAUCAUAUUCAAUGGCCUCAAGGACAGCGGCAUCACGGAACCGACAAGCAAGUCGGGCCCUGUGCUUGAGGCGGCGACCCGGAUUGCAACGCAGGUGGUCACCGGAUUCUUUGGGGGUUUGAUCGAAGGGAUUGGACAGACCGUCGGGGAAGAUAUAUUUCAGACUGUCUUAGGUGGGGCCGGGAAUGCUUUCGUUAGCAGAGGAAUCGCUGGUAAAUGAAGCAAGCUAUGGUUGCAACAUGAUAAUGUCCAUCAUUUAUAUUAUUUGUUAUUUGGAUCUCGGUGUUUGUCAAUGUAAAAUAUGGUUGUUGCUUGAAAUUUCCUAAGGGCAGAGGUACGGCAUGUUGUGAAGUGAAUGAAUUGCCAAAACUCAGCCAGUGAACAAUAAAUGCUAUAUUGGAUAGUGUGGUAUAUGUUUGAAGUGCAUAUUUUGGAGCUUUCUAUAA